AUGGCCGAGAAAGAGUCUCUUCUAAACACCAACAAAACCGAUGUCCCAGGCGACCCUCCUGCAUAUGAAGUAGCCACAUCUCGUCCUCGGCCGCCGUUUCCCUUGGCGAUGCCGGUUCUCCAGGGCCUGCGAUCAAAGCGUGUGAUUCUGGCCUCGCAAUCACCGCGUCGCAAACAAAUCAUGUCCUACCUCGGCCUCCCCAACAUCGAAAUCAUUCCUUCUACCGAACCCGAAGACUUCCCCAAGACGAUGGCGCCCAUUGAGUAUGUCCUAGCGACAGCGACGAAAAAGGCGCAGACCGUUUAUGCACAAGAGGCAAGCAAUGAGGAGAAAGGGGAACCCGGCUUGAUUCUAGCUGCGGAUACUAUUGUCGUCGAUAUCUUGCGCGGGACGAUUCUAGAAAAGCCCAGGUCCGAGGCAGAGCAUGUCACUAUGUUGAAGGACCUACGCACGGCGGGUGACCAUAAAGUCUAUACUGCGAUUGUGGUCAUGGUUCCGUUGGAGAGUGCGAGACAGCCCGGCUAUGCCAUGGAAUCGCACAUUGAAGAGACGGAUGUGCGCUUUGAUUCCGAAAUCACAGACGAGCUGAUCCUGGCGUAUGUCCGAACCAGGGAGGGUGCUGACAAGGCUGGUGGUUAUGGGCUGCAAGGGUUGGGAUCGAUUCUGGUAGAAAAAGUCAACGGCAGUUAUGACAACGUUAUCGGGUUGCCCUUGAAGGCGACCCUUAAAUUGAUUGAAAAAGUCGUGACGAGGGCAGAUGACGAUGACAGGCUGGCAGAGGAUGGAGAGUUCGGGUCGGAUGAAGAACUCGAUGAUUGA